AUGGCCUCACAUAUGAAGCCACUCGUUUUACAUGCUCACGCUCACGCGAGCGGGCCAAACCCAGUCAAGAUCGCCAUCGCAUUGGAGGCACUGAAGGUGCCAUAUGUCGUGAAGCCAUGGAAUUUCGGCGAUGACCCAGAGACAGGUGUCAAGGGCGCUGAAUUUCUGAAAAUCAACGAGAACGGUCGUGUCCCAGCACUUGAGGACCCAACUACAGGUGUUACUGCGUGGGAAUCCGGGGCGUGUAUGAAUUAUCUUCGCCGAGUCUAUGACCCUGGCAACACUAUCGGGCCUCCAGGCUCCUCUGCUCAAGACCUCGUCGAUUUUGAGAAAUGGGAAUACUUCCUCUUGACAACCCUGGGUCCAAUGACUGGCCAAUUGAAUUGGUUCAAGCAUUUCAAUUCUCAGAGAAACGACAAUGCUCAGCAGAGAUAUGUUGCCCAGACCUAUCGCUGCUACGAUGUCCUUGAAGGACAGUUGCAGAAGUCGGAUGGAACAAGUAUCCUGCCUACUCGGGUUACGACUGUCGAUUUUCAUUUCGAGCCUUGGGUCAGAGGGCACACAUUUGCGGGUCUCUCCUUAGAGAACUAUCCCAUGAUUCAUAAAUGGCUUGGUUUGAUGGGAGCUCGUGAGGAUGUCCAGGAGGCCUAUGCAAAAAUCCGUAAUAGUACCAACAUUGUAAAGUCAGCUUGA